GAACAAACGAUUGGCCGAUGCCGUUUCUGGUUCAAAGAGCUCACAGAUGAGCAGUGUUUGCGCCAAGUGUCGACACUCGGACCGUCUGAGUGGAGACACUUGGCGUAUCGCGUGCAGUGCUGGGGUCUCCCUCGCACCGGCGGCUGCGGCACCUGCACUCCCGCGCACCCCGGCACGGGGAACUGGAAGUGCUGGCGACAAGCCGGGCACUCCAGGCCUGGCAGCCAAGUCGGCGGCCAAGCCCAAGGGCCCCACAGGUGACUCCGACGAGUACACCUACGAGACGGUGACCGAGCAGGAAGAGGAGGCUGAGGAGAAGCUUCCAGAGGAGGACAAUCGCCCGAGCUGCCGAGGAGGAGUCACAAGAGGAGAAUGGCUGAAGAACGAGGAUGCAGACCGGUGGAGCGGCUUUUGUCCUCGCAUUGUGGACGUUGUGGAGUACGACACGGCCCUCGUAGAGGAGGCUGUGGGAACUUCCACACAGGCCGCACUACUGGUUACGUCUACAGAGAAGGAGGACGACCAGACUUUAUACAUCUACGGAAGGCAUGUAGGCUGCAGUUCAGGGAAGAUGGGCAAAGUGCUGAGCAACCGCAUCAAUCGUCGUGGAAGCCCUCUUCACUUGUGCUGGGGCGGCCCGUGCAUGAGUGGAGAGGAGCGCCAAGCCAUCCAUGUGGUGGCGAUGCGGUGGUUCGAGCGCACAGCCUUCCACGCAGCCUACAUGAAGGCCUGGGGGCGCAUGGUGCUCAAGGAGUUUGGGGAGCUCGACAAAGAGGCAAAGGACCAGGUGGAAGAGGAGAGAAGCCCCGUGGGGGCCGAAAGCGACCUGCAGUGGCCAAGAGUGGGGCAGCCCCCAAAGAUCACAGAGAUCGGCUGCGAGAGAAGCUUCGGGCCCUCACUCAAGGCGAAGUUAAUAGAGGGGAAGGCAGAAGCAAAGGCCGUAGAGGUCAUGAGGGCUUCAGACGAGACCGAAGAUGCAGAAGAGGAGGAGGAGAACUCAGAGGAGCCAGAGCCCCGACUGGGAGUUGGCGACAAGUUGAAAGGAAAGGCAACUCAGCUGGCCCUAGGAGACGUCAAAGGAGAGGAGGAAGCAGAGGACAAGGAGAAGACGGAGGAUCGAAAAAGGAGUAGCCCACACCGGAAGGAGUCGGAGUCCAGCUCAACAGAGCUGCUGGCUCCGUUGCAGAAACGGUCCAGCAAGAAGCCGGGGGCGGUGCUGAAGAUGCUGGUGGACCAUGCCAAGACGACCCUGGAUCAGUCAUCUGUGGUCGAGACGGAGAAGGACCAACAGGUGACCGGUGGGAUCAAGAUCUCCACAUAUUUCAACCUGCUUGUCCGGCCUUACCACAGCCCGGCGAGCAGGGUUAUGAAGGAGAUGAACCACGUAGCCGUCUGCCUCGACGAGCUAAGGUCGGGUCAGCUGGGGAGACUUGGGGACAGUUUGUCCUCGAGGCGCAAGGGGGCUCCGACAUCGCUGUUGGAAGCGAAACGCCACGGGCGCCUUGUGCAGAAGAGUCAGGGGAAGGAGCCCUGGCGUCCGAAGGGCGAAGGGGACCCAUGGAGGAGCAGCGGAAAAGGAGGCGAUGGCAGCUACCUUAAGGACAGGAAAGAGUUGGCCAACGCUUUGAAAAGACUGCGACCAGUGUUGCCGAACGGUGUUUUGGUGCAGAAAGAACUGGUGGGCAGACCAGAAGGACAAGCCAGAUGGCAAAGAAGGGAAGCCAGCAGAAAAAGAAAGCAAGGAACCCGCGAAGUAGAGAAGGAAGGUCUCCAGGGGUCGGGCCGGGUCCGUACUGGGCCUGACCUCGGGGGUUGGAGCGCUUUUGGGCCGUUAUUGGAAGAUGCCAAGACGCUGGCGGGAGCUGGCUGCCUCUUGGCUUGGCUUGUUGUUCAUGCUGAGCUGGAGGUUAGCGCGGGCGGCCUGAAGACAUCGCUGUCUGAGGUGUUGCCUUUGCUCGGUGUUGGCCUUUCCGUCGUGCAUCGCUUCCGUAAACAGGAAGCCCUUCCCAUCCGGCUUGGAGAGCUGGAGCUCACUGUGGGCCUGCUGAAGCGCAGCUCCUACAGUGAUGUUUUGGUAUUUUCUUUUGUCGCCAAUCAUGCUGGCGAGUGCUGGACCCUUUUGUCCGUGCACUACAUUAAUUUGUUGCAUGGGUGCCGAUCCCCGCCUGUAGGGCGUUGGCGCAAGAUCGAUGCGACUGUUGUUUCAAGUGUGCGUGCCGCUGUACAGAGAUCUUUGCGCUUGGAUUCUCCGGCUGAGCGCUCGUCCGAGAGCGUUGAAAAAGAAUUGAGCAGCAGAUUUGUGAGUUACACAGGUGAGAAGGUCGUUGGAGGAGAGGAGCAGAAGAUUGCCGAGCACUUGCAAGCUGAGGUAGAGCAAGCGUGGAAUAGAGCAGGUGUGCUUUCAUCAGAAAAGAAGGUUACAGGAAGCGAGCAGGUACAGGAACUGGGCGAGCAGUUUGAUGGGGAUGCUAAGCUCUUGGGGGUGUCCUCAUCUCGACUGCUGCGAACGGGGGGUGCUAUUGGGCAAUCAACCAAAUUCACGGAAGAAGGUCAGGACAUUGGGAGAGCUCUGACAAAAACAGCAGUAGGUUGUCCACGUGUGCCGGUUCUGGUGUUAUCCCUUUUUAACGGGAUAGGGGGUGCGUUCCGUGCUUAUGAUUUGGUGGGUGCCAAACCAGCAGGGCUGAUUGGUUUUGAUGUGAGCAAACCUGCGACCAGGGUUACAUCAAGAAGGUGGCCACAUGCCGUCUUGAAGGGGGACGUCAGGGAGAUUGACAAGAAAAUGGUUAAGGGAUGGCUCUUACAAUACCCUCAUGUGACCCAGGUGGAUGUCUGGGCCGGAUUUCCGUGCGUGGACUUAAGUGCAGUGAAACUGGGGAGGCUUAACUUGCGAGGAGAGCAUUCUGGGUUGUUCUCUGAAGUGCUGAGGGUGUUGGAAUUGUUACCGCAGGUCUUUGGGAGAAGGUCUAAGAUCUAUUUCUACGUUGAGAAUGUUUCGUCUAUGGACAAGGAAGCGGCCCAUGAGAUCUCAAUGGCCCUGGGAGUGAAACCUUUCAAGUUGCAGAGCCCUGAUGCGGUGCCAAUUUCAAGACCACGGUUCUGCUGGACCAACAAAGACCUGCCAUGGAUGAAAGGAGUGACUAUGUUAGACAAGGGUGACUACUUUGAAAUCGUGGCUGAGUGUGAGUAUCCUCCCUACCAGUACAAAGAACCCUAUAUCUUGUGGAGUCCCAGGGGCUGGCGGUUGUUGGAGGCACCUGAACGAGAAUUGCUGCAUGGAUAUGGCUUUCUUCAUACAAGUGUAUGUUACUCCGCGAGCGAUAUCAAGCGUAGCUACAGCGACUAUGAGGCGCGGCAGGGUAUUUGCCUGCGUGACGCGGGCAUAGCAAAAAAGACACAGGGUCGUUCCUACCUGGCGGUGACCAAACUCUGCAAGGUGGUAUCAGAUGUUUCAUCUGUGGAAGACAUGGAUGAUCAAAUCGCUGACUGGAUAGAGAUGCAGUUUCACAAGGGCGCCCCUUUGAAUCUCAUUGGAGAUGCUCUGUCUGGGAUCCACUAUUUUCUUCCUAGUACCCGAAAGCGAUUGCCGGUGAGCUGGAAGCAACUUGCAGUUUGGCGCAAGAUGGAAGUGCCAUCUCGUGCCCGGCCUUUGCCGGCGGAUUUGUGCUGGGCUAUGAUGUCAAGAGCCGUGCAAAGGGGGCACAUGAGUAUGGCGGCACUUCUGGGGCUUGGCUUUGACUGCUUCCUUCGUACAGGAGAACUUUUGUCCAUUCGUCCUGUGGACUUGUUGCUCCGCAAUGGAAAGGGGCUGGUCACACUUCCAGCUUCCAAAGGUGGCACGAGGCAUAAUGUGAAGGAAUCUGUGACCAUACAGAAUCCAAAACUCCUUGUCUUGCUUGAAGAACUUUUCCUUGUAAAGAAAGAAGCCAAUUUGUAUAGGGCUCCGAUUUGGACAGGUACGGGAACGCAGUUUCGCAGGCAGUUUCACGAUCGCACGAAACUUUUCAGAGUUGAUCAUUUGCAGUUUAGGCCUUAUUCUUUGAGAAGAGGCGGCGCUACGGCGUAUUUUAAUCGAACAGGCCUCAUGGAACCUCCGAGGGAGGUGGGCCAGUGUGAGUGUGGCCCGAUUGUAUCUAUGUGA